UUUAAAAACAGCAAAGCAAACCACCUCCCGCCCAUAACAUAGCAGCGCCGCCUCUCUCUCCAUGUCGAAACCGCCAGCGCCGUAUCCUCUCUACAAGCAGCGAUCCUGGACACCUGACAGCGAACGCGACGAGGCUUGGCUGCGACGCAAGGGGAAUCGUCCAAUCACGCCCUUCAGUCGCAGCAAGAGCUUGACAGACGAGGAUUUGCAGGAGCUCAAAGGAUGUAUUGAAUUAGGUUUUGGAUUCGGACCUGAUUCGACCGAUUUGGAUCCGAGAUUGUCGGAUGCUCUGCCCGCUUUGGGCCUUUACUGUGCUGUUAACAAGCAGUACAACAAUGGAUUAACGAGAUCGUCGUCGCUGUCCUCGAUGAGCUCUGAUGAUAGCAUAAUCGAUCCAGCUGAUGAUCCGGAGGUGGUGAAGACGCGGUUGAGGCAGUGGGCGCAGGCGGUGGCUUGCUCCGUGAAGCAGUUUUCAGGAGAACAAAGUUGAAUCUGUUAAUUAAGCAUCCAAACGUCACCGUUUAUUUUUCAUCCCCGAUUAGAGAUAUAUAGAUUGAUUAUUAGUUCAUAUUUUCUUUAGCUAUAAAGUUUCUUUUGUAUAUUAUAAUGGAAACUCUUGAUUCCCAAUCAUGAAAUUAAUUUAUUUUUAGACCAACAAGAGGUGGCUCGAUCGUCAAUCACUUGGAUUAGACAUAUGUGUAUCAAAUGUUCGAAUCCAAUGAAAAACAUAAUUCUUAGUGUAUUUCAAA